UGUUAGCGGCAGAAGCCAAUCGAUUCAUUUAUACUAUUAUUAAUAACAAUAUUGUUAGUUGUUCGAGAAAAUGUCUGGGAAUCCGGACAACAGUCUGGCGGAUCUGCUCAUGGACUGCCGCCUGGGGGACGAGAAUGAGGACCCGGCAGGCUGUGACCUAUCCGUCAGCCCGGCCAGUACAACCCGAUCCCAACUGGUUCAUUUGAAGUCGCCGUGCAAGGUGCCCCAAACUGAAAUCCAGUCGGUGCACAACGACAGUUUUUUAUUUGUGGACGCCGACAUCACCAGCGACAGCAGCGUUAUUUUGGUGUCAUCUGGAGUGUCCGAUGAGUCGUUGGUCAGCUGCCUUCACUCGUCCGAGCAUCACCACAGCACCUCCCAGGAGCCCAUAACCAUCGAGGAGACCACUGACUGCGAGUUUGGACACUGUUCACUGGAUUCGGACACCAGCCGUCCUGGUGCCGACGACAUGGACAAGCCGAAGCUCACAUUGAAGCGACACUCCCCGGAUCCCGCGGAACAUGAUCUUGAGAUCAAGAAAUAUCAUGAUGACAGUCAUUUUGAGACUCAGAAAUGUGAGGUGGAGAUGAAGAAAACACAGAACGAAGAUGCUAUUGGUCCUAGUACUAGUGCCUCCACUGACGUCGCCACAAUGAGGAAGAGAAGGUCUUCGGAUCAUAAUGACAAUGAUCCGGCUUGUAAGAAACUUCAUCGAACUCUGGAGGAGAUGGCCACCCCCUCGAAUCGUUCGGUGGUGACGCGCAGCGGUCGUGCAGUUGUGUUGCGCAUGAACCACGAGUUCGACUACUCGUCCUCGCAGUCAAAGGACGAUGGCGAGGAGGAGUCCGAUGAUCAGUCGCUGGAGACCGACGACGAGGAAUACCAGCAGGCUUUCGAAUUCGUCCAGCCCAAGUGGCAUGCGUCCAAGCGGCGCAGCCUGGGGAAUAGCAGCAGCAGUCUAUGCAGCACCGAUGAAAGCCACUGCUCGCCGGAGGCAGUGCCGCCGAUUAUCUAUCUCGAAUUGGGCGAGCAAGUCGCCAUUGUGAGGGACGAGCCAAAGGCCAAUAUCGUUCUCGAGGAUGAUGGGGAACUCAAGACGCAGGUGCAUAAGUUUUUGGGUUUGAUGGCGUCACGUCGCAGGCUGUACAAUCCAGAUACUAAUCUUAAUCCGGAGGAACCGGAGGAGAAUGAGAAUGACAUAUCGGUCAGUCGUUUGUUGGAUUUAUCCCGUUCCUCGGCCACAGGCCUUAUUACUCCGUCACCCAAGCGCCUUACUCAGUCUCCCAGAACACCGACCCCCACUUGGUCAAGCCUGAACUUAUCGCAUCGACGUCGCCCAACCCUGGAGGAGCGCCAGACGAAGGUGUUCGACGACAUGGUGUUGCAGGCCAAUGCCAAUUCGUACGAGGAGCAAACGCCGGAUUUCCUCAAGGAGCCCAUCGACCUGAGCGAUCUUCCGAGCCGGAAACAAGUGGCCGUCAUCUGCCGCCGACACAAGAGCAGCAUUGCCUGCCUGGAGCAGCAUCCGCUCUUCUACAGAUUCGUCGAGUCGCUCAACCCGAGGACCUCGAUCAACAUGUGUCAUCCGCUGGCGAUGACCUAUAGGGAGAAAAACUUCAACGACUGCAAAGUGGCACUGGCCAAAGUCUUGUUUAAUAUGUUCAAUCACGCCAUCUUCCACUGCGGACUGAUAGCGCCAAUCGUUUGGAAGCGCGGCAUGACCACGUACUGCAAAAGCGAACUGGAAGUUGCCGCCUCCGGAAGGCGCACCGCUCGCAUUCUGCUGUGGGAGAACAUCACUCAGCCGGGAAUGCUCAUCAAGCCGCUGCUCCAUGAGAUGUGCCAUGCGGCGGCCUUCGUUUUCAACCGGGAGACGGGACACGGCGACAAUUGCCGCAGAUGGGUCUACCAGGCGAAGAGCGCGAUGCCGGAGCUUCCGGUGAUCGAGGACUGCCAGGCCACCUUCAAGUAUACCUGCACCAUGUGCUCCCGCUGCUCGUACGGCAGGAUCGAAUUCGAGAGGGAUCGGCUGCGCUGCCACCACUGUCAGUUCGAGGUGGGCGUGAAGCUAUGUCGCAAGGACGUCAUCUGCCACGGCACCCGGCCGGAUUUCAAGAUAACCCCCUUCAAGUCCUUCGUCCGCGAAAACUACUUGAAGCUGGGCGAGGAGGGCGGCAGCACGCACAGCUCGAAGAUGAGACUGCUUAACGAAGAGUACAACAAGAUGAACGCUCCGACGGGCUAGAGCGCAGCGCCUUUGUUACGUUUAAAUUAGUUUAUAUAUUUUAUGUUAACUACCAAUUCACAAAUUAACGACGAAUGAAUACUAACUUAGGACCCUCACAAGAAUGCAGGCGGCUUUAAGAAAUACUGUGACAUACUUAUUAUUUUUUAGUAGAAACUUAAGAUUUUUUUUGAAACAAAAUAAACAGAGCUUUAACUUA